CAAUUUAUUACUUUAAAAUAAUUUAAAUAAUAUAACAUAAUAUUCAAUACGGAUUUGCAAAUCAAUAUAGAAGAAAUUCUCAUACUUUCUUAGUACAAUUUAUUCAUUUAUCCGUGAUUGUUAACAAUCAAAAUAUGAAUAUAUCGUUUUCUGGAUGUGGAUUUUUAGGCAUAUAUCACAUAGGGGUGGCAUCGUGUUUAAAAACUUACGCACCGUACCUUUUGGAAAAUAACAUUUGUGGCUCGUCUGCAGGUGCCAUUUCUGCGUGCUGUCUGCUUUGUGACAUACCUCUUGAAUUGAUGACAAGUCAAAUGUUAGAUAUUGUAAAAGAAUCAAGAUCAAAAGCAUUAGGCCCAUUUAGCCCAUCUAUGAACAUAACAGAACAUUUAUACAAUCGUCUAAAUAAGGAUUUACCUAAUGAUGCGCACAAACGAGUGAGUGGCAAAUUAUUUGUAUCGCUAACAAGAGUGCCAGAUGGAAAAAAUGUCAUCAUAUCUCAAUUUUCUAGCAAGGAAGAAGUAAUACAAGUAUUAUUAGCUAGUGCUUUUAUUCCAGUAUUUUCUGGAUUUGUGCCACCUUUAGUUGGUAAAUAUAGGUAUAUUGACGGUGGAUUUACUGACAAUCUACCUAUACUUGAUAAGAACACUAUAACUAUUUCACCAUUUAGUGGUCUUACUGAUAUUUGUCCUCGUGACAAUCCGAUUCAAAAGUAUUUAUUAAAGAUAUCAAAUAAUAGCUUUGAAGUGACUAAAACAAAUUGUUUCCGAGUAGCUAGAAUAAUGUUUCCACCAGAACCAGAGAUGCUUGCUAAAUUAUGUUAUCAAGGUUUUGAUGACGCUUUGAUAUUUUUACAAAAAUAUAAUCUAAUUAACUGUAAAAUGUGUUUAAUUCGACGAAACUCUUUUAUAUUAUCCAAGAAAAAUAUUUAUGAGAUGGCUGGCUACAACCCCUCAUGUAUUGAUUGCAAAUGGAAUAAUGCUUUUUCUAAAGUACAAGGAAUGCCGUAUUUCAUCACAUAUACUUUAGACAGAUAUAUUGACUCACAUAAUAACAUUUUGAACGGAUUCUUAAAAUCUAAAGAAAUGCUAUUAGCAAAAUUAUUUACCCUACCUUACAUUGUUGUGGCAGAUUUAGCUUGUGGAUUUGUACUCAAGGUUAUGCGUUAUUUUAGACAUUUUCAGAAGUCUAUGUGGACAUUAUCUAAUUGUGUGUCAAUCGACACUAACGGAAAAGAUUCACCCUAUUAUUAUUAUUACAAUAAAAAGUUUGAAUAUUCAAAGUGUAUUAGUUGUUCAAAAUAUUGCCUACAAUUUUUUAUUGAUUACAAUCUAACAGCUUCAUCUAUAACUAUAGAUUCUAGUGGUUAUACUUCAAUUGAACUCUUUAAACACAAAUGGCAUGAACAUGAAAUUAAAUCUAUAAGUUUUGAAAAAUUAGUAAUACAUGUUGGAGUCUUUCUGUAACCCCAAAAAUUUAAUUAAAAACAUCAAGGGAUUUAGGAAUUACUGUUAUUGAAACUGAAUAUACUACGAAAGAAGUAUUAUCUAAAAAUCUUAAUAAUUCUAUGCGUGAUUUACUUAUAUCCUAUAGAUGAUUUAAUUGAUAUGUUUAUAGUUUGAGUAAAAGUCAUACAAUUUUAUUGACAUAUAAACAAACAUUUUGGAAUCGUAUUGCAACUAUAGAUAGAAUUAAUAAACACGUGCAUUUUAAUAACUAUAUUCACGAUGUAUUGCAUAUUACUGAAGAGCCUACAUACAUUUUAUUGGUUGGUUAAAUUUAUU